AUGCAAGAAAUUGUCCGUCGCUCAUAUACGUUUUGGUAUUAUAUUCCAUCACUGCCUGCGGCAACCAUCUUCAUGCUUAUAUUUAUGGGAUUGACUGGGCUGCAUUCCUGGAAGUUGUUCACGACCAAAACAUGGUUUUGUAUCGCUUUCACCCUCGGUGGCUUAUUCGAAAUAAUUGGCUAUAUCGGUCGCGCUAUCGCACAUAGUAACACCACUACUAUGGGGCCAUAUAUCUUGACAAACGUCUUCGUUCUACUCGCUCCUACGCUAUUCGCCGCCUCUAUUUACAUGACUCUAGGUCGUUUAAUUCGUCGCGUCGGCGCGGAGCAUCUUUCGGUUAUCCGCGUCUCGCGUCUGACGAAGACCUUUGUAUGGGGCGAUGUUUUAUCUUUCGUCGUCCAAGGCAAUUCAUCCUCUCUCUCGGUUCUGGGAUAUGAUCAAUGGGCAAAAGUGGCAGUCAUUAGCGGACUAGCGAUCCAGCUUGUCUCAUUUACCAUUUUCUGGAUAUCAGCCCUCAUGUUUGAGAGACGCAUCCGCCGCGAACCAACCCCCGAAUCUCUCCUACCGGGGAUUCCGUGGAAGAAGUCAUUGUAUAUGCUAUAUGCUGUCAGUGCUUUGAUCAUGAUUCGCUCGAUUUUCCGCAUCAUUGAAUAUGUGCUUGGAAACAGCGGAUAUCCCUUGCAACAUGAGUGGACGCUAUAUAUAUUUGAUUCUGUGCCGAUGGCGAUUGUCAUGAUUAUCUACUUCACGUGGUAUCCCAGUGAUAUAAAGGCCAAGACUGAUCUUGAGGGAAGCAUGCCCCUUGCAUAUGUGUACUCGGAGGUCUGA